CAAAAGAAGGGUUUAAAAAAAAUAAAAAAAAAGAGAGAGAUGUUACCCUUCCCCAUCUUACCAUCUUCACUUCUCUCUGUUACCCUAUUAACGUGAGAAAGAGAGCCGAGAUACCACCUGGCGUGUUCGGCCUAGCUCACUUUCCGCCGUGCAGGAGACGCACGCACGCCUUCAAGUCCGAUUCUUAAAGGGCAGGCGGAAAACCCUUGAUCUUCCGUCAAAUCUUUCUUUCCGUUCGAAAUCUUCUCUUCUUCGAGUGCUCGGCCUCUCGUCCUUUUCGCAGCAGACAUAUCCCUAGACGUGCCAUGCAAACAUGAAGGCCCAUCAACUGAUUAUUGGCCUCCUUGGCCUGCUCACGGCCUUUGCGGCCGCUUGGAGCAAGGAAGACCGCGAGAUCUUCCGCAUUCGAGCCGAAAUCCAGGCCCACGAGGCCAACCCGGAGACCACCUUCUACGAACUCCUCGGCGUCAAGCCCGGCGCCUCCAUCGACGAAAUCACAAAGGCCUACCGCAAGAUCACCCGCGCCCUGCACCCCGACAAGGUCGCGCAGCUCCUCAAGGCCGAGCGCGCCCAGGCCCGGAAGGACGGCAAGCAGAUGGCAUCGGGCGUCAACGUCGACAAGCCGCCCACCCAGCGCGAGAUCAACGCCGCCAUCAAGGUCGCCUCGGAGCGCCAGGCCCGCCUCGGCCUCGUGCGCAACAUCCUCAGCGGGCCCGAGCGCGACCGCUACGACCACUUCCUCAAGAACGGCUUCCCCACCUGGAAGGGCACCAACUACUACUACCAGCGCUACCGCCCCGGCCUCGGCACCGUCCUCGCCGGCCUCUUCCUCACCGCCGGCGGCGCCAUGCACUGGAUCGCCCUCUGGCUCGGCCACCGCCGCCAGCGCGACUUUGUCGAGCGCUACAUCAAGUUCGCCCGCGCCUCCGCCUGGGGCGACAACCUCAGCAUCCCCGGCAUCGACUACGCCCAGCCUCCCGCCCCUGCCGCCGCCCCUGCCGCCGCGCCCUCGCCGUCGCAAGAGGAGGAUGCCGCGCCCCCCGCGCAGGCUGUCAACCGCCGCCAACGCCGCUUCGAGGAACGCGCCGCCCGUAAGGAGAAGAGCAAGCCCAAGGGGAAGAGCGCCAGCGGUGGUGGUGGUGGCGGUGGUGGCGGCAGCGCUUCUGCUAGCGGCACCGCUACCCCCCGCGACGUUCCCCAGGGUGCCCCGACAGGUGCUCGCAAGCGUGUCAUUGCCGAGAACGGAAAGGUCCUGAUUGUCGACUCGCUCGGGGAGGUUUACCUUGAAGAGGAAGACGAAGAUGGCAAUCUGCAGCAGUUCCUCCUGGAUCCCUCCGAGCUCAAACCCCCCACCUUCAGCGACACCGCCGUCGUCCGCCUCCCCCUCUGGCUCAUGCGCUCCACCAUCGGCCGCUUCCUCGGCACCAACAACCCCACCGGAGAGGACCACGACCAGGACCAGGACCAGGACCAGGACGACACCGCCGAAGUCGACUCGGACAACGACCAAGUCCAGCACACCCCCUCCGGAAGCACCGGCUCGACGAGCGACGACUUUGAGGUGCUGGACAAGUCGACCGACUCGCUCCGCAAGGCCAAGACGUCGGGUGCCCAGACCGGCGGCAGGGCCAACAAGCGCAAGGGCAACAAGAAGCGGUGAAACGGUGGAGGAUGGGUUCGGUGAUCGUCACGGAUGUUGCUUCGUUUGGUUUCUUGGUUUGUUCUUUUUUUUCCUUCCUUUUUUUCUUUCUUUUUUUUCCCUUCCUCCCUUUCCUUCUCUUGGUGCGUCUCUCCGUAUACGCUCUUGGGCCGGCUUGACCUGUCGCUUCUGGUCAUGUUCUUGGCAUAUGUUGGAAAGUUGGCAAUAAACGGGAUAAAGAAAUGGAAUGAAACGAAGCGAAGCGAAACGAACUAGACAACCGCGGACGAACUACCGAAGGCACUGGUGGUGGCCAAAGGAGAGGAGAGAACAGUAGAGAAAAGUACAUAAAAGAAUCAUAUUUAGAGAUGCUACCAGAUUUGCUCGUUUUCCCCUCGGCUCACCGGCGGCGUAGAUAUGAUGUGAGACUACUUUGAGAUUACUUCGUGAGUGUACAACGAGA